AUGCACCCUGGCGGUCUCCACGGGUGGGCGCCCGGACAGCCCACCGCCGUCAUCGACCUCGGAGAAGAGUUUGCGCCUGAUCCGUCUAAUGCUUCGUCGGCCGCCCUGCAGUUCUCGGCUGCCUACUACUCUAUCGACUCGUCUGCUGAACGGAACGGCUCCAAGAAACGCAAGGUCGAGCGUGCCUGUGACUUCUGCCGCAGGAGAAAGGCCCGCUGCGAUGGGCCCCGAAUGCCGGACAACGUCUGCAGCAAUUGCGUCACGAACGCGAGGACAUGCACCUAUUUAGAGGGCUCGAAGCCACGAGGUCCUCCAAAGGCCUAUGUCGUGGGACUCGAGGACCGCGUCGAGAAAAUGGAAGCGCUCCUCAAGAGGCUACGUCCUGAGGCCGACUUUACAGCGGAGCUAGGCCCUGCCGUCGUCCGUGACUCCUGGAAGACCGAUCCAGCACCUCCCCUAUCCUCGUCUGACAAGGCAAGAUCCGACUCGCCACAAGCUUUGGAAGGUUCGUCCCAUGCCAGUAUAACACAGUCCUCGGUAUCUCUUACGGCUCCGCUCCCAAAUCGCGCCGCGUGGCCGACUACUUCCGCCGUCACAGGACGAACCGACUCUACGUUCCGUCCCACAGUGGGCAGGAAAGCCUCUAAAGUCGUCAAGACGCGACAACCCUCAGGGCAGGAACACUCCUCCAACUCGGAUCAGGACCCAUCUUCCUCAUCUCUGUCUGGCUCUUCUGAUACCGACGAAGCUGGGGAGCUCAGCAUUGUACGUGGCCUUAAACGGCUGACGCUUCGUGGGCUCGAGCCCACGGAGGCGACCCCAGAUAGAUACGGGAACGACAACCAGUGGCGGUUUCAUGGGAAGAGCAGUUCAUUUAAGCUAAUCUCGGCCGCGCGAGAUCUGAAACAGCAACGCAUUGUCGAGAACGUUAGUACGUCUAGCGACGGUCGACAGUCGUAUUCCCCGGCUAGCGUUCAGCUGCCCCCUGUACCUAGCACUAUACGGCCAGAGUUCUGGACCGUGCCACCGUGGGAGAAAGCGUAUGAACAUGCGGACGACCCCACGGUUCUCCCAGACUUCCUACUGCCCGCAUUUCCUCCCCCAGACCUGUCUGAGACGCUUAUCCGCGACUAUUUUCAGUACAACAACACUACGUUUCCGUUACUUCAUCGGCCGACGUUCGAGCGUCAGUGGCGUGAUAAACUGCACACACGCAACGUCUGGUUUGCGUGUGUCUGUAUGGCCAUCUUCGGCGUCGCCAGCCGGUGGAGCUCAGAUCCAAGAGUGCUCCCGGACGAAGUCGCGGACAAGGCUCCCGCAGCUGGCGAAGACAACGGGAUCUGGACACUCGCCGGAUGGAAGUACAUCGCGAUCGGGACGAAACUACACGAAGAGCGUCGGAGCGUGCUGCUACCGCCGGAGCUGUUCGAGAUCCAGAGUUUUGCCCUCAUCGGGCAGUACUUCCGCGGGACCGUCGCCCAGCAGGGCUCGUGGUUCUACCUGAGCGUCGGCGUGCUCAAAGCGCAGGAUGUCGGCGCGCACCGGCGCAAGAUUUACGGGCGUGUUCCAACAGUCGAGGAGGAGCUCUGGAAGCGCGCAUACUGGCACCUCGUCGCGUUCGACCGCAUCGGCAGCAUGCUGAUAGGCCGGGAAUGCUGCACCCGCGAGGAAGACCUCGACCUGGAGCUCCCGCUCGAGGUGGACGACGAGUAUUGGGAACACGAGAACCCGGAGUUAGCGUUUCGGCAACCCGAAGGGAGGCCGUCGAUUGUGACCGGGUUCAUCCAUUGGAUCAAGCUCAGUCAUAUCGUCGCGUUUACAUUGAAAACCUUGUAUAGCGCCAAUAAGCCGGAUGCUCAGCUAGGGGUCGCAUCAUCAAGCGAGCAGGUGGUAGAGCAGCUCAAUGAAGCGCUGUCCAAAUGGCUGGCGGAGCUCCCGCCUCAUCUGCGAUGGCGUCCAGACAUGGAGGACCGCGCAUUCGCCAGCCAAGCCGCAACGCUAUACACCACCUACCAGCUCGUGCAGAUUCUCAUCUACCGUCCCUUCAUCCGCAUCCCUCGCAUCCCGCGCGGCCCGCACCCAGCCCGGUCGCCGUUGUCGCGGCGGCAAGCAUUCUCGCAGAAAGCGCUCGCGAUAUGCUUGAGCUCUGCCCGCGCGGGCGCUUACAUUCUCGACGUGCAAAUCCAGCGUGGCAUGUCGAAUCUCACCAACGUGGUUCAUGUGUCGUUUGUAUGCGCGGGCGUGCUCCUCACCCACCUCUGGGACCUCAUCCGGCAAUAUGGCGUACAACGGCGCGUGUCCGGCGCGGACACGCGCCUGCAGAUGUCGCAGGAGAUCUCGUCCGUCUUGGGCGAGAUUGGCGACUUGAUUGCACGUCUGGAGGAGGUCAGCCCCAAGUAUGAGCUUGCGCGCGAGAUGAUGUACGUUCAGAGCAGUCAAUAG